GCGGAAGUUGUUAACCGUGACGUCAUGGGCGGGGUGAACCAGCAACAUGGCGGACGUAUUUUUCUGCUGUGGGGUAACUCCUGAAGAAAAGACUAACCGGAAUCGAAGCAAGAAAAUUGAUCGUAUGCUCGCCAAAGAGAAAAUACACUUUAAAAGAACGGUGAAGAUUUUAUUAUUAGGUUCGGGUGAAAGUGGAAAAAGCACAUUUUUGAAACAGAUGCGAAUAAUACACGGGCAAGACUUUGACGAUGAAGCAUUAAAUGAGUACAGGCUUAUUGUACACACUAACAUUGUGAAAGGAAUGAAAGUGUUGAUUGAUGCAAGAGAGAAACUUGGAAUUCCUUGGGGAGAGAGUAAAAAUGUAUCCCAUGCUAACAAAGUGUUUGGAUACGAUAGUAACGUCAAGCUCGAUGCUGAUUUAUUUAUGGACUAUGCACCCCAUGUCGAAAAACUGUGGCAAGAUUCGGGCAUUCGUGCAGCUUAUGAGAGGAGGCGGGAAUUCCAACUGGGUGAUUCAAUUCGAUAUUUUCUCGAAGAAAUGGAUCGUAUAGCACAACAGAACUAUGUUCCAACUAAAAAGGAUAUCUUGCAUUCAAGGAAAGCAACAAAGGGAAUAAUUGAACAUGAAUUUGUCAUCAAGGAUAUACCAUUCAGGUUUGUGGAUGUUGGUGGCCAGCGAUCACAGCGACAGAAAUGGUUUCAGUGUUUUGAAGGGGUAACAUCAAUCCUCUUCCUCUCUUCUUCCAGUGAAUUCGAUCAAGUCUUGAUGGAGGAUAGGAUAACAAACAGACUUGUGGAAUCCUGCAACAUCUUUGAGACAAUAGUGAACAAUAAGUGUUUUGUAAAUGUCUCCAUUAUUCUAUUUCUCAAUAAGACGGACUUACUGGAAGAAAAAGUUAGAAAGUACAGCAUCAAAGGGUACUUUCCAGACUUUCAAGGAGAUCCACACAGGCUGGAGGAUGUGCAAAACUUUAUGUUGCAAUUGUUUGACUCAAAGCGUCAUGGAGUUGCUAGAGAGAAGCCCCUUUUCCAUCAUUUCACCACUGCCAUUGACACUGAAAAUAUCAAAUUUGUAUUCCAAGCAGUGAAAGAUACAAUCUUACAAGAUAACUUGAAAUCCCUCAUGCUGCAGUGAACUUUGAGGUUGAAUACAAACAGCAUCAGAUUCAAUUAAGCAAGCCUCCGACAAACAGUCUAAUAGAAUAAGAGCCAGUAUAUACAGAUCUUAUAGUUGAUUACUUGCUUAUCAUUGUCCUUAUAGAGUUUGGCAUGCUACAGUUUUCUAAAGAUAAUCUAGUUAUAUCUUGCACUUACAGUGGAGUAAAAAAAUCGAAUAGCCUAAAUGUUUUGAAAUGCUUGGAAUUGAAUUACUUUUAAGAAUGCCGAGUAGUGCCAUUAAGAAAUCAGCCACCUUCCUUGAAACAGUAUUUCCUUGUGUGUUGGAUUUCUAAGCUGACUUGUUAACUUAGGGUAUAUAAUAUAACAUAUAUAUGUAAAGCAAGUAUGACAACAUCUUUUGAUACUUUCAUAUACAAUUUAAGUUUAACUCACAGUUAGGGUAACAUGUUCACUUUAAGUACCAUGCAUGGGUUUGGUCACAUACAUCAAGGUAACACUGCCUCAUAUUCUAAGAUAACUUGGCUUUCAUUUCAUCCAUCCCACCCUUACCCUACUUCAAAAGCCGUGUUCAGAUAGAAACUGAUACCAAUCACAAAUUGGUCCAACUUAUUUUAUCAGGUGACCAGAUAACAAAGAAACAAAAUGGUCUUAUGAACUAAGGCAAAUAUCAGAUUUGAAGAUACCCUGUCACUGUGUGAUCAUGCCAUAUUAAGUCCAUGACAUACUGUUAAAUGCGAAAAAGAAAAACAAUGAUAUGAAAACACAUAAGCAACAAAUCUGUCCAAAAUUGCCUCGACUAUAUCUUUGUUUCUACUGCCAUUGCUGCUAUGAUUUUUACCCAGUAGUCAUCAGUUACAUAUGAUUCAAGCAGGAUUUUGUCAAACGCAAAUCAUAAUCUCAUUAAUUUUUUCGCUGGUGGCCAAUCAUAAUGAGGAGGGUGAAGAGGGUAUAAAAGCAAGAUGUGCUGCUGAUGGUGGCCAACAAUAGGCACAAUGGCAUUUUAUGUUGGUCAAUACUAGAGUUUUUUAAACAUUCAUAUGAAAAGAACCAUGUUAGAUUAAUUUUUAAGGACAUGGCGUGAUAUUCAGAUUACUAUCAGGGUGAAGUAGCACCUUGAAUUUAACAUUUUUUCUCAGUGCUCUAGUACAUUUUUUCUCAGUGAUCUAUAGGAAAGUAAAACAAAAGAGUAUAAUUUCAGAUUUUUUUUUCUUUUUAUGUGGUUGUUUAAUUUUGUAUAUUUCUUCAUGUGCCUUAUGUGUUAAGUAUAGAUUUCUGAAAUAAUUGCAGAGUAUUCUGACCCUAAUAUAUCUGCUGCAACUGCUUUCUCAUGAUAUUGUGUACUUUGUAUUGUAUAUAUGUAUAUGACGUGACUUUUGUAACUAGUUCUUCGGGAUGUUUUUCUUUGAAAGCUGUCCAUGUUAACAUGACAAUUCCAAUAUGUACAGAAGAGAGUAACUGGAGAUACUCAUAUUCCUGGAAUAUAAACAUUCUGAUCAUGACUGGGUGAUAUAUAUAUAAUAAUAAUAGCCAUUAAAAGACUGAAAGCAAACUUAUGUCCGAGUUAUAUCAAAAAUAAUUAAACUUACAGUUUUAAGGUUAAAGUUUAAUCUUCUUUAAUCCUGAAAAUAGAAAGUUUAGUGCAAAUGCUGUUUCUCAAGGUCAUGUUAUUUGACAAGUUGUCAAGUGAUAAAUUUGAGAACGUCAGCAGACCUGGUUUGUGUUAGAUUCAGAACUUUUUGAUGAUACGAUUAAUGACCCAAAAAUACAAGGCUAAGAUUUCAUCAGCCUGAUUAAUAUCAAUUUACACUUGCUCUGGGCUUGUACCUUGAUCUUUUUUGCUUUGGUGUUUGUAGCAGAGAUGGUGCUGUUCUUUCUACCAGAUGGUUUAUUAAAGCUGGUUAUAGUGUAAAUAGUCUGCUGUGGUUAGUGCUAGGCAGGAUGCCAAGAUCUUAAGGUAGACCUUGGAUAUUAAAGAUGAGUGUUGUGAACUAAAUGAAUUUAAGAUAAUUAGAAGUGGGAAUGCAAAUUUUUUGCUUAAGCCGACUCAUGUACCCAAUACCUCUGUGAUCUUUAGAUCUAGUCUCCUAAAAUGAAUUGAUAUUCUGUGGCAUUUACUUUAUAGAAAGCACUGUUUAGAGUAAGACACUUUCUUCAGACCGGUGAUGAUAGCCGAGUGCCAAGAAAUAAGGCAAUAAUUGUUGACCCAAACCCUUUCUGUCAUAUAGUUAUUACAAAUGGGUUUCCUCUUGUGUGAAAGAGUUUGGAAGUGAGAUGAGGAAUGAAGACUAGCUUUCUUUGCCUCCUUUAAAAGCAUUUUUGAAAAAAAAAAUGCUUUUAUAUCUUCCCAACAAAGUGAUUACAAAUAGUGUUGGCCAAAAGCAAGUCAGGACAUUGGGCACGGCAUUCUGACCAGCAAUUUGUUAAUUGUUUCCAAAUUAUAUUUUUAUUAUUAUCAUCUACAUAUUUUUAUAUUAUAAACUGGGAUUAUAAUCACAUAAAGUAAUUGAUAUGUUGAUUGGUUAAAUGGGCUUUCUCUGUGAAGAGGUCCCUCAUAGUUAUAGAAAAGGAUCAUGGAAACUUAAUGUAUUGAACGGUUUCAAAAUUCAUCCUUGCUAGGAACAGUGUAAUUAAUAGUGACAGUUCUGCGGGUAUUUAAAGAUCUAAUGCUUGUAGGAAAUAUCCAAUUUUGUUUAGCUUGGGAGCAGAUUUUCUGUUUCUACCCAAAGAAGAGAGAAUGGACUUGUGAUUCUGCGCAGGUAAAAAGUAGUGUAGUCGACAAAAGAAAAAUCAAUGGUAUAAUUAAGGACAUUUGUCUGGGUAUUUCUGAGGAGUAUAAAUACUUUACCCAGAGAGCAACAUGUCUGUGUACCAUAAGAGAUUAAAAUAUAUGCAAAAGCACUUUUGUAACACAUGAGCAUUAAUAUUUACUCUGUGACAGCAAAGACAUUUUGAAUUCCAACUGCUGUGAAGUAUUUUGUUAAAUAUCCAAUUGUUUUGACUUUCUUAGUAGAUUAAUAUGGAUUUUGUUUAAGACAGUUAUAGAAUAAACGCAUUUUGUUUUGACUUACUUGAUAGAUUUACACAUACAUAAAGGGAACCAUAAGCUUGAAAGUGGUAUCAGUGUAAGCAAAUUGCUGUAGCACAAAUGUUUUUUAUUUUGGGAGUUUAGAAAGGGAGAUUUUUAAUUUUGUAUAUACACAUGAACUGAAUUAAUCGCAAAGAUUAGUAAAUACUGCUGUAAACUAUGUAGAUGGCUCAGUAUCUCGUUUGUAUGUUGUGAAAUGAAAUAUUUAUAUGUACAUCACAAAUAAAAUGUAAGAUACAAAGA